AUGCGAACAUUGGAAGUAAACGCUGGUGGCGGUGUACUGCAGCGACACUAUCUCCUCGCUGGUGAGACGUACACGAUUGGCCGCAAAGAGUGCCGCAUUUUACUGCCGAACGGAGAUCCGUCCAUCUCUCGACAUCACGCCGAUCUCACCGUCAAACCACAACAACAUCAUAAUCAUAACAACAGUAGUUACACCAGUAAUGGGGAUGAUUCAGAUGAGAAUGAUGUGGCCACUGCGGUGGAUUUCGUGCUGCGUGAUUGUUCCAAACACGGUACUUUUGUAAAUCGCGAGCCACUCGGCCGCGACACGGUUUGUUUUUUAUACCCGGAUGAUAUUGUAAAGUUCGGCAAACGUGUUUCCGCCCGUGUGAGUGGUACUGGUAUGGUGUUAUUAUUGGCAGAGUCCCCAUUCUUAAGUUCCAACGAUCGACAAAUCCUGCGGGAUGCGGCCUGGCGACUUGGGGCCUUUGUGGUCCGCGGCCCUGUUCCCUCGCCGGCCACUCUGCGUGGACAGGCCCAAGAUGUGAUUGCGCUUUUAUACAUUACACACGAUGGGUAUGAGAUGACACCAGAGAUACUACUCGCGAUGGCCCAACAGUAUUUUAUCACCACAGCGGCGUAUGUGCAGUCGUUGGUGGAGGCAUUGCGAGAGAAGUGUGCAUGCUCGCCGGCGGAGUUCCCAACACCAACGGUACCAUUGCCAGCGAAUAUACACUUUCACAAGGAUGAGUAUACACCACCGGUGACAAUAUUUUAUGAGCCGGGGGAGUUUCUUAGUCGUGGCUCCACCGGGGAGGCAUCAUCCUUGUUAUUACGGCAAUAUACAUUCCUCUUGUUGGAUACGAGAGUACAUGCAAAGUAUGAGGCAUUGCUGCAGAUAUGCGGGGCCACCGUUGUGCUCAUCUCACCAGAUAACGCCACCAAGUUUCAUGCGCAUUUACAAGAUAUAUUUACCAUCGCCCUAACGAGUGAUGAGAUGUUUGAAUCCCUAGAAGCCGCAUUAGCAUUGGGAAAGGAACAACAGACAAUUGACAAUAGCCAUACGAAUAACGGUAAUAACCAAAAUGGGGGUAAGAAAAAAGAGAAAUACCGCACAAUAACGAAGAAUAAUGAAAAUGUGGAAGCAGCAUAUAUAACAUUAUACAAGGCUGGUAUUUGUGUGAUUCCGGAGUUAAAUGUACAACGAGCCAUCUUUACUGGUAAUGCAUCAGAGAUAAAUGCAACCCCAACGGCUCGUUGUCUUAUUUGUAGAGAAAAAACACCAAAUACCCUAGCAACUGAAAAGGAUACGGAGAAGAAUGAUUCAAAGGCAUUAAAUCACACAGUACAGAGAGCAAAAGAAGAUGUAAAUAUAAAUGUACGUAAGAAAGAAAUAGACAGCAGUAAGCCUCUGAGGGAAAUUGAAAAGAAUACAGAUUCUCAGGCAUUGAACGGUACGGCGGCACCAUUAGAGAAUGAGAAGUCUAAUCGGGUAAAAGAGACAAGAUAUGAGGAACACGUAAACCAUCACCGAGAGAAUGAAAAAAAUGGAAAGAAUGGCACAUUAGGGAAAGAACCACGCGCCUCUGUGGGUUCAUCUAUACAACCUACCGUACGCCAUACACGCAGCAGCACGGAGAGAAAAAGCGCAGAAUCCAUGAAUGCCUCAUCUUCACAAGAAAGAGAAGGCUCCACAAGAACAGAUACAUGCCGUUCACUGGAAAGACGUCCAGUUGUGGUCCACGCCCCUUCACAAGUGACUGCGCAGGGAACACCAAUCCCAACAACAACGACAGGAUCACCCAUACGAAGACGGGUUGUGGCACACAAAAUCUCUAUGCCUUAUGCACCCCAAAAGGCACAAUCUCCGCACAUGAAUAAUUCUGAAGAGAAUGAGCCAAAAGACGCAGAAUAUGAGGUGCCGCCAUCAUCGCAGGUGUUAACAUCUGCCGCAACAUCACGCACGGCCUCUCGUCUUCCAUCUGUGGAGCCCGUUGCCACCACACAUCCUGAAGUACUGCACAGACAACAGAAACGUCGCCAGCACAGAAAGGCAUUUGAGUCUGAAAACACCACAACAAUGAAUACAGGGCGAAAUGCAAACUCCGUAUCAUUACGUACAUUACGGCGAGGCUCAACAGCUUCAGUGCAGUACGGUGAAGCCACACACCGCAGCAGAAGUAACAGCGCUCAGAAGCCGCGGGCUGCAAGUGUGAUGGAAUCACAUCACACACGUCAACAUAAACCUUCAAUUCACAGUUCUCACGCACAUCCUACACAAUCCGCUCCACGAGAUUCGCAACGACAACACCGCCACACAGGAUCGGCGAUAGGUUCAUCCUCUGCCAGAUACCGUCGCAAUUCGACUGGUCGUAGCCCGUCUCCAGUGAUGUCUUAUAAUAGGAUGGCGGGCAAACCGUUAGUAUAUGAAACGGGGGAAUCAACAACUGCAGUGCCUUCAUCACAUAGGCAACAAUUAGUCUCAGCUCGAUCAAAGAUGGAACGUAAUUCCAGUGUUCGUGGUACUAAUGGCAUGGUGAACGGUAACUCUGAUUCUGCAGAGGCUGUAGAGUAUAUACAAAUGGAUAAAGUUCUUGGUAGACAAGCUGCGGACUUCCUUCGCAAGUUUCUCGAUAUAUUUGCUGUGGAUGCAGAGAAGUCCUGCCGUUUAUUGAUGAAACAGGGUUAUCUGGACGCUAUGAGUAAAAAGUUUCUUGAGGGUGGAAUGCAACGUGUGCAGGAAUUCCUCACCAUCGUAGAGAAAGCACAAUUUGACAUUCCCCCAAUGUACAGUACAGAGACUACACGUCAGUAUGUACAUGAGGCGCGAAAGAAGUCACUCACAACAUUGGAUCGCAUUAGAUGCACAUAUGAAGCAGUGAAGGCAGAACUACCAGCGUUCCUUAUUCAACAACAAGAACAACAAAAGGUGCGUAGUGGGUCUGCAGUGGAAAGGCAGUCGUCACUUCGUAGAAUGUCUUCUGUAAAUAGCAACUGGAGGUCAUCAUUUCUACACACUCACUGA